CAAAAAAAAAAAAAGAGUUGAUUUUCACUCUUCUUCCUCUUCUCUUCCCUUGUGAAACAAUUUAGUCUGAAAGCAAUGAGGUGGGAUUGAUGGAGGUAGAUAUUCAUGCAGUGGGGCUAGGUGGGAAGGAGAGCUGCAGCAGCCCAGAAAGAGAGACAGAGGGUGUCUGCAUGGUGAAUGGGGAAGUGAUGGGAAGCUAGUUUAAUACAGAGGGCUUUUAUCAAAUAAAUAUAUUAGGGAUAAUGAGGGCCAGGUUUCUCACUCUUAGAAAAGAGACUUAAAAAUUAUGGAAGGCAGAAAACUAGAAUAAAUCCCUUGGCAUUGUAUUGGAAUUAGACAUAUCAGUUUGAAUCCCUGGUUUUGAAUAUAUAGAGAUAGAUAUAGAACUAAAUAGAGGUAUGUACAACUAUAUGUACACUUAUUCCUUAGCUUUGUACACUCAGAGGGCCUGGGAGCAACAGCAUGCCGGUAGCAAUGAAUAUACCCCGUGAUGAGUUCUUAUUUUCAAAGUACCACGUUCUACUAAAAGGAAUCAAGGAUAUUUGCAGAAAUGGCCAAUUUCAGAAUGUGGACAGGGAAAGUACAGGAAGAGCCUGUAACAUUUUGUAGCCAGAAAGAAGGAAUUGUUCAAAGAAUGUUCGGGAUGUGUCAAAAAGACACAGUUGCCAGCUUGAAGGAGCUCCCUCUGGUCAUGUUGGAGAUGGGUCGUCCAUUGAAUAAAAUUGAAAUCUAUGAGUUCAUGUUGGAAUCAACAAACAGUUUAAUAAGGAAUGGAUAUUGAAUAGUCACAAAGUACCUCCCCACAAAAUACUUAUUAAUUAUAGAGGAAAAAAAGAGUAAUUAUAUAAUGAAGAAGCCUAGCAAACGCUGCCUUAAUCAAAUGACUAAAGUUAAUACAACCAGUAGUGGAAUGAAUCAAAAUUUGUGUGCCACCUGAUAGGAUGCAGUGAGAAGAACACAGCAUCAUUUCUGUGAUAUUCCUGCCGAGAUAUAUAACCUGAAUCUAAUCAGUGAGAUCAUCACACAAAGCUAAAUUAAGGACAUCUAAUAAAAAAACUGUCCUGUAAUCUUCACAGGGGUCAAGAUCAUGCAAGUUGGGUAAAGACUACAGAACUCCUAAUCUGAGGGAGAUGAAAGGGACAUGACAAAGGCAUGAAUCUGGGCUGAUCCUUUUGCUAUAAAGAACAUUAUUAGGAAAAUUGGCAAAAUUUGAUUGGAGUUCUAGGAUUAGAUGGUGGUAAUGUAUAAAUGUAAUUUCUUGGUGCUGAUGGUUAUAUUGUGAUUAUGUAGGAGAGUUUUCUUAUUUAUAGGAAACUUGAUCAUGGUAACUUGUUCUCAAAUAGUUCAAGAAAAGACGUGACAUAUAAUUUACUUAUCUGUGAUUCAUUAGGUAAAAAUCUAUAAAUCAUUGUUUCUGCCCUUUACCAAAAAAGUAAUGGGCCCAACUUUUCUACCCUUUAUUCUUGUUUAACUUACCUCACCAAUUCCCAAUCUGAAAUCAGUACCACUGUCUAUUUGCUAAUACUCCUGAAAAAAAUAAAAGUAAUUGUUGAUUGAUUUCAUGACAGAAUAAUGAACUUCAAUAUUGAGGAUUCUUUGCACUUCAUUUGCUUAUCUACCGUUACUUACUUUGCCUAGUCUCCACCAAGUGUCGCAAACCUUUACCAAUUUCCUUGCCUCCUUUCGUUGGACUCCACUAUUAUUCUGACUGCCAGGCCUCCUGAUUCAUGGGAAAACAGACACCUUCAAGCUUUCCUUUCUCCUUCCGCAUUGCAGCCUCAAGUAUAUUGUUCAAUCUUGUUCAGCGAACAGCACAAGCUUGCACAGCUCUGGCCUUUAAUCUUCGUAGGAAAUCUGAAUUCCUUGUGGCAUUAGCUGAUUAUUCUAUUAAAUGUUUUGAUACAGUCACCAAGGAGCUAGUUAGCUGGAUGAGAGGACAUGAGUCAUCAGUAUUUUCAAUCUCUGUGCAUGCAUCAGGGAAAUACGCCAUUACCACUUCUUCUGAUACAGCACAAUUAUGGGACUUGGAUACCUUUCAAAGAAAAAGAAAGCUGAAUAUUCGCCAAUCUGUGGGUAUACAGAAGGUUUUCUUUCUACCGUUAAGUAACACCAUCCUCAGCUGUUUUAAAGAUAAUUCCAUUUUUGCCUGGGAAUGUGACACACUUUUUUGCAAAUAUCAAUUGCCAGCUCCACCUGAAAGCUCUAGUAUAUUAUACAAAGUGUUUGCUGUGACCAGAGAUGGCCGAAUCCUGGCUGCUGGAGGCAAGUCAAAUCAUCUUCAUUUGUGGUGCUUGGAAGCUAGGCAGCUCUUUAGAAUUAUCCAGAUGCCCACUAAAGUUCGAGCCAUUCGUCAUCUAGAAUUUCUUCCUGAUAGUUUUGAUGCUGGUUCUAAUCAGGUUCUUGGAGUACUAAGUCAAGAUGGUAUUAUGAGAUUUAUAAAUAUACAGACUUGUAAACUUCUCUUUGAGAUUGGGAGCCUUGAUCAAGGAAUUAGCUCAUCAGUAAUUAGCCCACAUGGACGGUACAUUGCAUCUAUUAUGGAAAAUGGAAGUCUAAACGUAUAUUCAGUUCAGGCUUUAACACAAGAAAUAAAUAAGCCACCUCUGCCUUUAGUGAAAGUUAUUGAAGAUUUGCCCAAGAAGAAACUGAGUUCCAGUGAUCUUAAGAUGAAAGUAACAUCAGGAAGAGUACAGCAGCCAGCAAAACCCAGGGGAAGCAAAAUACAAACUAGAAUAUUAAAACAAGACCUGACUGGUGAUUUUGAAAGUAAAAAGAACGAGUUACCAGAUGGAUUGAACAAAAAGCGUUUACAAAUCUUAUUAAAAGGCUAUGGUGAAUAUCCAACAAAAUACAGAAUGUUCAUUUGGCGUUCUCUGCUGCAACUGCCUGAAAAUCAUACUGCAUUUAGUAGCCUCAUAGAUAAGGGGACUCAUGUGACAUUUCUCAACCUUCAGAAGAAAUACCCCAUCAAAAGUAGGAAACUGCUCAGAGUAUUACAGAGAACCUUAUCUGCAUUAGCUCACUGGUCUGUCAUUUUUAGUGACACACCGUAUCUUCCACUCUUGGCAUUUCCAUUCGUAAAAUUAUUCCAGAACAACCAACUCAUCUGUUUUGAAGUUAUUGCUACUCUCAUAAUCAAUUGGUGUCAACACUGGUUUGAAUAUUUUCCUAAUCCUCCUAUCAAUAUUCUUAGUAUGAUAGAAAAUGUUUUGGCAUUUCAUGACAAGGAACUGCUGCGACACUUCAUAGAUCAUGAUAUAACUUCCCAGCUAUAUGCAUGGCCUCUUCUUGAAACUGUGUUCUCGGAAGUGCUGACGAGAGAGGAGUGGCUGAAACUGUUUGAUAAUAUCUUUUCCAACCAUCCUUCCUUCCUUCUGAUGACUGUUGUAGCCUACAACAUAUGUUCUAGAGUGCCUCUGCUCAACUGUAAUCUUAAAGAUGAUUUUGAGUUUUUUUUUCACCAUCGAAAUAACCUGGAUAUAAAUGUUGUGAUUAGACAAGUUUAUCAUCUCAUGGAGACCACGCCUACUGACAUUCAUCCAGACAGCAUGCUUAAUGUUUUUGUUGCACUGACAAAAGGGCAGUAUCCAGUAUUUAAUCAAUAUCCAAAGUUUAUUGUGGACUAUCAGACACAAGAACGAGAAAGAAUAAGGAAUGAUGAAUUGGAUUACUUAAGAGAGAGGCAGACAGUUGAAGAUAUGCAAGCUGAAGUUGACCAGCAAAGAGUUGAAGAUGAAGCUUGGUGCCAGAAACAGGAGCUGCUUCGUAAAGCUGAAGAAACAAGAAGAGAAAUGCUCUUACAAGAGGAGGAGAAAAUCAUACAACAAAGACAGAGGCUAGCUGCUGUGAAAAGAGAGCUGCAAGUAAAGGAAAUGCACUUACAAGAUGCUGCAAGAAGGCGUUUUCUGAAGCUUCAGCAAGAUCAACAGGAAAUGGAGCUAAGAAGACUGGAUGAUGAAAUUGGGAGAAAGGUAUAUAUGAGAGAUCGAGAAAUUGCUGCCACAGCCAGAGACCUAGAAAUGAGACAGCUGGAACUCGAAUCGCAAAAGAGACUUUAUGAGAAGAAUCUUACUGAAAAUCAAGCAGCUGUUGCAAAAGAAAUGCGAGCAGAUGCAGAUGCCUAUAGACGAAAAGUGGAUCUUGAAGAACACAUGUUUCAUAAGCUGAUAGAAGCAGGUGAAACACAGAGUCAGAAAACUCAGAAGGUGAUUAAAGAAAAUUUGGCAAAGGCUGAACAAGCAUGCCUAAAUACUGACUGGCAGAUUCAGUCUUUACAUAAACAAAAAUGUGAUGAUCUACAACGAAACAAAUGUUACCAGGAAGUAGCCAAACUCCUUAGGGAAAACAGAAGGAAAGAAAUAGAGAUAUUAAAUGCAAUGGUGGAGCAGGAAGCCAAGAAGUGGAAGGAAGCUGAAGGAAAAGAGUUCUGUUUGAGAUCAGCAAAGAAAGCGUCUGCUCUUUCAGAUGCAUCUAGAAAGUGGUUUUUAAAGCAAGAGAUAAAUGCAGCUGUAGAACAUGCUGAAAAUCCAUGUCAUAAAGAAGAACCCAGGUUCCAAAACGAACAGGAGGACGCAAGCUGUUUGCCUAGAACCUCACAUUUAAAUGACUCUUCUGAAAUGCAUCCCUCAACGCAGAUUUCUUUAAAUAGAAGAGCAGUAGAAUGGGACACCAUGGAACAGAAUCUUAUCCAGAAAGUGAGGAAUCUUCGUCAGAGACUCACUGCCCAGGCUCGUCACAGAUGUCAAACCCCUCAUCUUCUGGCUGCGUAGAAGGCACCUCAGCUUGAGACAGUCGAGAGAGAGACCUAUUUUGCAAUCAGUGACACUGAUUUUUAGAUUAUUUAUUUAAAAUUCCUAUAAAGAUCAGCCCUUUGUACAGAAAAAUGUGUCUAUAAAAAUUAUGUGUUAUUUAAUUCUGAUACUUUUCGGCUUGUAAAUGGCUUAUUGUACUUUUUACAAUAAAAAUGUUUUAGAAACGGUUAAA